GAAACACAUGUAGAUUUAAAUUACUUUCGUUGUUGAUAAUCAAAGUUGCAUUUAUGUGGAUCGUAACUAAUAUUAAAUGGCAGAAUUUAAGAAAACAAACACUAAAGUUUAUUCAAGAACUGCGAUAAACUAUUCGUCAGAUACAGUUUAUUGGAAAAAACUAGGAGUGCCUACUUUAGUAAAGGAAUUCGGAGCUAUUGACUACAUCGAUUUCAGUCCCGUUGAACCAUAUCUGUUUGCAGUUACAGCAUCCGUUCGUGUACAAAUAUACAACCCUGUCACAAAACUAGUGGUGAAAAAUAUUACCAAGUUUCAAGAAGGUGCUCAUGGGGGAUCGUUUCGUAAUGAUGGAAAACUUUUAGUUGCCGGUGAUGAUCUCGGAAAGGUGCGCUUGUUUGAUGUUUCAACAAAAUCGAUUUUACGAUUUUUCGAUGGACACCGUGCUCCCGUACAUCGAACAUUUUUCAAUUCAGAUGGACAUCAUAUUAGCAGUUUCUCGGAUGAUAAAACAGUUCGCUUCUGGGAUAUUGCAACUGAGAAACAUUUGAACACGUUUUCUGAUCAUUCAGACUACAUUCGGGCUGGUUGCACAAGUCCAGUCAGUCCAGAUAUUGUUAUAUCCGGAGGUUAUGACCGUAAAAUCAAUAUGUAUGAUAUAAGAACGGGAGAAAGAGUUUUAAGUUUGGAUAACGGUAAUCCAGUCGAAUCGCUCAUUUUUCUACCAAGUGGUGGAAUAUUCAUUAGUGCUGGAGGCACAUCAGUAAAUGUUUACGAUGCUUUGGCUGGUGGAAGAAAAAUUGCUCAACUAUCACAACAUCAUAAAACGGUUACCUGCCUUCAGCUGGCAAGUGAUGGUAAGCGACUUUUGUCGGCUAGUUUAGAUAGACACGUAAAAAUCUACGACAUUGCUACCUACCAAGUAGUGCACACAAUCGAUAAUACGAAUGCGGUACUGAGUUUAGGUGUGUCCAAAAAUGAUGACACACUUGUGACGGGAAUGGUCGAUGGUCUAAUAGCCAUCCAUCGACGCGAACAGGACAACAGAGACAAAGAGGACUCACAUGUAAACAAGAGCCGCAGGUUAAAAAGCCGUUUAAGAUAUGAAAACAUUUUUAAAAGUGUUGAUGUGGAGAUAGCCGAUUUUCGUCACGAGAAAAUUGAACAGUUCGACCGCAUGUUAAGAAUGUACGAGUAUAGUAAGGCACUGGACAGUGUUAUGAUCCCUAGUGUAAUGGGCAAAACUCCGGAGAAAACAGUGGCGAUAUUAAAAGAGCUUAUUCGACGAAAAGGUCUACACAGAGCAUUGACGGAUCGAACACAUUUGUUUCUGGUUCGAUUUAUAGCGUUUAUUACGCGAUAUAUUGGAGAUUUUAGAUUUACACCAGCUUUAGUAGACGCUGCGAACAUAUUACUAGACGUCUAUGAAAUUGAAAUCGAUAAGUUUGCUGGCACGGAUGUCGGAAAAAUGUUUGCUAGUCUCUCAAGAAGACUCAAGAAGGAAGAACAAAUUAACAAUGAUUUUCUCGAGAUUCAAGGUCUGCUGGAGAUGAUUUCGGCAGCUGCCGACGAGAGCCUGCAUUCAAUUAAUGAUACCAAUAUGGAAAAUGUGUUAAUGAAAGAAAUUGAAGCUUCUUCGAAUGCUCAAAAACAAACUGUAAUCAAUGUGGAUUAAAUUCGACAGAUGCUACACUGAGUUUUGAAUUAAAUAUUCGUUCUGUAUCGCCAAUCAUAAACAAAUUUAUUUUUGUUCUACAA